CCGGAGAGUUCGUCAGACUCUCCCAUCAUGAAUGUAAUAUUUAAUUUUGAAACGAAGAGAAUGUCAGUCGAACGUCACUGUCACCGGAAAAUUAAGACAUGGUAUGAAAACUGUCUUCGCUUCUAUUUUCCAUUAACCGGAUCUUAGUAGAGAUUUUUCUAUCAAAUAUUUAAUUUUAUCAUCUGUAAUUUUGAGAACAAGUCAAACAACACAGACGUUGCAAUGGAAGACAGAAGUCAACCAAUCAGAAACUGUAAGAAGUUGGUUCGUCUCCCUCGUAUAGAGGAUGAUGAUUUAUUUGCAUCGAAUUGCGUCCAAAGACCUAGAAGAGCUUCUUUCUCCGAGUUCAGAUGCAAAAAUCCGGGCCAUGACGUCAUAGAAUUAAAUAACGAACAAAGUAAUCGCUUGCCUCCUAUUUUGGAGAACGGCGAUAAGAAUUUAGAUUUAAAAUCGAGAAGAGCGUCAGAAAAUGCUUCGUCCGUUUCUCGUGCUCGAUUUUAUCAUCAGAUAUCCAUGGCGAAUAAGAAGUCUCACCAAUUACCAAAAUUUGUUUUCGAUCCAGAUGGAUGUACCGUAUUUUAUUGGACUUGUUUGACAUCCUUAGCGGUUUUAUACAACUACUGGAUUAUUAUUCUUCGAGUAGCUUUUCAGGAUGUCAGUCAACAAGAAAUUGUAGGAUAUAUAGAUGCCGUCUGCGACGUCAUCUACUUAAGUGACAUUGCUUUUCAAUUAAGAACAGGAUACCUGAUGGAUGGAAUUCCUAUUUUUGAUGUGGUAAAAUUAAGACAACACUAUAUGAGUCAAAACGUAUUUAUUCGUGAUGUGAUGGCGAUUAUGCCUUUUUAUACACUUUCGAGGAUUUUUUCAGGAUUUAAUGUUUUUCCGAUAUUCGUCGUCUAUUCUAAGAUAGAUAUGACCCGUUUUAACAGGUUAUUGAAAUUACAUACUUUAUACAAAUUCUACGAUUUGGCCGAUAGUCGAACCAGUAAUCCCAAUUGUCUUCGAGCUUUUAGAUUAUCUUUAACUUUAGUCAUCGUCAUACAUUGGAUUGGCUGCUUAUAUUAUAUAAUAUCGGAGUACGAAGGUUUAGGUAUUAAUAACUGGGUCUAUACAAAUCUCGCUGAUAAACAAAGAUUUUGGAGAAAAUACAUUGUAUGUAUGUAUUGGUCGGCUAUGACUCUUACAACUAUAGGUGAAAGUAAUCCUCCGGAAACAGAUAUUGAAUAUAUUUUCACUGGAUUAACUUUUUUAAUCGGUGUUUUCAUUUUUGCCACUGUUGUUGGGAAUGUGGGUGAUGUUAUAGCAAAUAUUAACGCUACUAGGCAAGAAUUCCAGGCUAAGAUGGACCAAAUUAAAAUUUACUUAACUCAUAAGAAAGUUCCUCCCUCUCUUCAAAUUAAAGUUAAGAAAUGGGCAGAAUAUUCCUGGUCAAGAACUCAGGCUACGGAUGAAUCACGUUUAUUGCAUAUGUUGCCAGAAAGAUUAAGAGCUGAAAUAGCAGUUCACGUUCAUUUGGAUACUUUGAGAAAGGUGAAAAUUUUUGAACAAUGUGAACAUGGUUUUCUUUGUGAACUUGUUCUGAAGUUAAAGUCUCAAAUUUAUUCUCCGGGAGAUUACAUCUGUAAGGCUGGAGAAACAGGUAGGGAAAUGUACAUCAUCAAUCACGGAAAAGUUGAAGUUGUGGUUGCCAAUACUUCCUCUGGAGAAGAAGUGGUAGUGGCUCUUCUUUCAGAAGGAAAUUAUUUUGGUGAAAUUAGUCUACUUCGGAUAGAAGGAGUGCAGAAUCGGAGGACUGCUGAUGUCAGAUCUGUUGGUUAUUCAGAACUUCUAUGUCUUUCUAGGAAAGAUUUGAUGGCUGCUCUCGUUGAAUAUCCAGAGGCCAAAACUAUUUUAGAAUUGCAAGCUAGAGAAAGGAUUAAAACAAAUAUGCAAGCCAAAAGAACAUUUAGUGUAGAUGCAUUUAUGGAAUCGAGCGAAGAAACAGAGAAAUUUAACGGAAGAAUGUAUAGAGACGAUAAAAAAAAAGAGAUUAUUGAACUUCGAGCUGUAUUAGAUGAAUUAAAACAAUUUCAAGUAAUGGUUACCGGUCAAAGAUUAAACGAAUUAAACGAAAAGAUUUUUUCAAAGGAAAAAGAAGUAAAAGAAGCGCAGCAACUGAUAACUAGAUUAAAAUGGAAUAUAAGACAUUUAAAAUCAAGGAAAUCUUCAGUCACCUCCCAUAAAUGGAUCUAUAGAAGAAGCGAUGUUAUUCGGCGACCUCGUCGAAGUAUUAAGCCAUUAAAAAUGUGUCAACUGACUAGCAGCGAAGAAAGAAGUGAUCCUAUUGAAGAAAAGAAAAUAAUUGCAUUAUGUAAGGAGGAAAAUGAAAACAUGUACGAAACAAUUGGAAGCGAAGAUUGUUUUGAAGAUGCCGAUGUAAUGGACGAGAAUAUAAAUAAACUUCCUAAAAUAAUUGUGGUCGAUGAUAAUGUUCUUGCAGAUUACGAUGAUUCUUGCGACCCUCUUCGUCUUUGUAUGGUGGAGAAAUGUCGUCGUCGAUGCAGUUCUAUAACUAGUUUAUCGGAAACAUCAAAUUCUAGGCGCAGUAGUUAUCAAAGUUCUUGUACAAACAGUGAUCCCGAAGAAUUAAACUAAAAGUAUUCAAUGUCGCUUAUUUAACAUUUAUUUCGCUGUUAUUUUUAUUAAUUUGAAAAUGGUUGUUUUGGUCAAUGUUUUAUUUCAAAAUAAA